AUGAAUAAGGAAGAGGUCUCCUUGAGUAAACUUCAAGGACUACUGAGGACUGCUAAGAGCAACCUUAAGGACAAAUCUGUUGCAUCAGCCCCUACUAUGGCUGCUUUUGUGUUGGCAAUUGGUCAAGGGAAGGGUAAAAAGAUGAAGGCUCCUUCAAAGAGCUACCAAAAGGGAAAGCCUCGUGAUGCUUCAUCCUUUAGUGGGACCAAAGCAGGACCUGCUAAACCCUCCUCUGACCCUAAGGAAGUAGAGUGUUUCUAUUUCCACGAGAAGGGCCACUGGAAACGAAGCUGCCCUAAAUAUCUGUAG